GGCAAAAAAAAAAAAAAGUCCAUUUCCCAUUCCACGGGCCCACCAUCACAAGCAGGCCCGAACAACAUUACGUGGAUCAGCCCACAACAAGCCAAUCAGAACGCAGCUCACUUCUCCAUUAGCCAAUCCCGCCCACACUGCACGCUGGCGCGCUUUCACUUCUUUGGUUUCUUCCUCUCCCCACAUUUCCACAAGACUUUCUAGCCAAGCUGUAACAUAAGAGAAUCGGUGAUGGGUGCUUGUAGGAAACCUAAUUAAAUCAAAUUCCAUGACACAAUCAGGAAAACGAACUUUAACCUAUUUAUUUGCUUCUACAAUCAAUUUACAUGUCGUCGAGUAAGCAUCGUCGAGUAAGCAUCAUCGAACCCAACAAGCAAGUCGGAGGUUGCGAUUUGGGAAGUUGAAAAGAGGGGGCGAUUCGCCGAGCAAUGGACUAGGGCCAAGAUCGAGACGAUGUACGAAAAAUCUGCCUACUGACACGCCACUUCAGAAUGAAAAUAAAUGGAACUCGAGACAUUAAGAGAAGACGAGAGAAAAAACGCUAGUGAUAAACACAUGCAAUAUAUAUACCUAUAAUGCCUGGAACAAGGAGAACUCAUCAGCAUUUUUUACGCAAAUUUUAUUGACAUGGGGAGGAUUCCAAAUGGGAAAUGAACUAGUAAAUUCGGCUCAUAACAGUUACACCAUCACAUAUAUCCUCCAACGGAAGCGCAACACUCGAGUAUCAACCCGAGUUCAGAAACAGGCUAACCAACAACACGACUAAAUCUUCGAAACAAGGAGAAAGAUAGACCAAAUCAAAUCCUCUACCUCCAAAGACAAAUAGGCUCGGAAACCAGGAGCAUUAUACCGGCGUAGCUGAACUGUUCAUGGUGAAACAAUCGAAACCCAUGAAACAGUCGAAUACGGAUUCGCUUGUUUUCUCUACUUGGCUUGAGGGUGUGAAGCUAUAAAGUCAACAGCAAGACUAAUGGAGUUGAUCUUAUCUGCUUCAUUGUCUGGUAUCUCGAACCCGAACUCUUCUUCAAGAGCCAUCACAAUCUCCACCGUGUCUAAGCUAUCAAGGCCAAGAUCAUUCUGGAAAUGGGCAUUCGGUGUUACCUACAACAUUGGAAAACCAAAAUGUCAAUCUGUGACACUGCACCAGCUCAUUGUCCUAAGAGAACAACCAAGUUACAGAUUUUCUUAAAUAAUAAGAAUUCGCAAGCCCGAUAAACCACAAAUACCAUUGGCAACAACAGUUCAAAAGGAACCUAUAAGGAAACAAGGAAAAAACAACCCCAAAGAUUCCUAGGGCAGUUUAAAAUCUUUGAAGACAUUUCUACGACUAGAGGCUGCAUUUGGAAUUCAAUAACUAUGCCGGGUGCUUGGAUUUCCUAUUGAAUAGCUAAACAAAUGGCUAUUCAAUUUUUUUUUUAUUUGUAACUAGCUGAACCAGGUAGAAGCAACAAGGGGUUGUUUGUUAGAGCACAAACAGCACAUUGGAAGUUUGGGACACAGUUCCCAUACCCUUUGAGUCUGUUAACCAAGCUCGGGUAAUACAAGAAGAAAAAACAUAGUUAAGAAAUUCUAAAGUCCAUAAAUAAGAUGUGAAAUGCAGGAUUCAUCCCAGAAGCAGAAGCAUAUUUGCCUUCAAUGAAAGACAGCAUCAAACUUAUCUGCAUAGAUCUACCCCAAACUUAAAGCCGUACACAUUUCAUGCCAAUAAACUUCUGGCCAAAAAGUAGAUUGUAAAGGCAAACACUCUUAAAGAGUAGGAUAUGAUAGGGACAAAGAACAAUUCACUUCUCUACCAUGAAUAAGUUGCCAAUUACUUGCACGGAAAGAUGAUAGUAUUUUGAUCACAAAACCAAACAUGCAAACCAUUCAAAACAAAACAAUGAAGCAUGACCAUCCCGGGUCCGCAAAACCUGAUACUCCUUGUAAGCGACAUACAAGGACCCAACCUAUUCAUCACAUUUGUUUAAAGUGUUUACAAGCUACUAGCAACCUUUCUAGACACAACAGUUCAUGAGCGACACAUUCAACCCCCUUCCGCGCAGCCAUUAUUUACGCAUCGUACUUAACUAAUAGUUCACAAGAAAAACGGUAAAGAAAACGAAGACUGGACGGUGUUUGGAAGUAUUGGUAAAAUAAUGCCCCCACAAAGUAUGCUUAGCAUGAUUCAACAAUUGAGUAUUCUACUACAUGAGAUUGCAAGAGCUUCAGCAAAACUCACUACAUUGGUGGUUGCUAUACAUUGAAACACCAACUUAUCAACCAAGCAAACAGUGCUCUCCCAAACACUAGCUAGCUAAGACCCGAAUACGAAAUCCUAACAGAAGAGUAAACUCUAUUUACAUAGAGCUUCAACGACAGGAAAUCAUAAACGGGAGGGCCAUAAAUUCAACAAAAGAAAGCAUAAGAAUUAAGAAGUAAAAUGGACUGCGCUCCUUGGGUGUCUCCUAACCUCGGAGUCCUAUUUAAGCAUAAACCAAAAGAUUCCCAAAAAUGAAUGGCUAGAGCAUGUCAAUGGGUUAACGCUAAUCGCCACUCCGACAAUUAUCCAUUCACAGAGUCAUUCCGACAAACACCUAAUAGAUAUAUAUAUAAGAAAUAAUAUUCAAUUUUCCAUUUCCCAAACACAUUCGAUUCGAAUCCAAAAAAAAAAAAAAUCAGACGAGAAGGAGACAUUUACCUUCGAAGGCUCGACCUUCUGAAGGUUCUUGACACAAUUGACGACACGAUCUGUGACCUCCGAUUUGUCGAGGAAGGAGCCCCUAACCGCCUCGGAGAAUUGGCGCAGAAUCGCAUUGAAAGAGAGGCCGAAGAGGCCGUUGUUGGGUUUAGGGUUUUGCGAGAAGGCUUGCACCUUCACUCGGAGGUGCUUCAGCAAAAUUCCUCUCGCUCCCGCCAUUGAUUCUACCACUCGACAAAAUUUCGCCGGUUCGUUCCGCGCAAGAUGGUGGAUGGACUGACGUGCUCCUCCGCAGUGGUGGAUGUUUCGAGAACUAGGAGACUGAUAAAAAGCGACGCUUUGCGAACCAAGUAUAAUCAGUAAAAGCUAAACUCUUUUUUUUUAAAAGUGAAAAAAUGCGUCUGAUUGCA